AUGAACUCAGCUAAUGAGAUUUCAUUCCAGGAAGUGCUUUCUGCGGUCGCGGACAUGAUGCAAUAUUGGUUUCUGCUCAUCACAAUCAAUUUAGUUUCGUGUGUAUCCAGCAGAGAUGAGUCAAUCUUGAGAUAUUUUGACUUGACCAAUGACGGUGUGGUUGACAAACGAGAAUUACGUCGGAUUGCAUACAGCGACUACAAAAUAGCACCUGAAUUCAGUGAUAGCAUCUUCCGCCGAGUCGACAAAAAUGGUGACAAUGAGUUGAAUGAAACCGAGAUUGAAGCUGGAAAAACGCUCAUUGAAGCUAAUGCAAAGCAAAUGACGGAACAAUGGCUCAAAGAACAUGAUGUGGAUAAUAACGGAAAAUUGAGUCAAUUUGAGCUGAUGCAAGGCGAGUAUAUGGAACAUGGCCACUCAUUUGGUGUAAUCCGGAAGCAUUUCGAGGAAUCGGAUAUUAACGGCGACUUAUUUUUGGAUUCUGAAGAGUUGAUGCACGUCAGACGUCUUCUCAGAUCGUUGGCAUUGAAGGAUGCAUCUGAACUGAUGAAGAGAUACGAUUCGGACAAUGACCAUUUCUUAUCUCUAAGAGAAGCACAGAUUCUGGCUGAUGAGGUAUUUGAUCUGGGACCUGAGAUCACGUCAUCUAUUCUUGAAACAGUCGACUUCAGAAAACAGCAAAAGAUUAAUGAAUUGGAGUUGGUUGAUUUUUUGAGUGAACUGCGCGCAGAAGCUGCCACUGAAGCACUCGAUAAAUUGACGAUACUGGACGAAAACGGGAACGGUAUGAUCUCGUUCGAUGAGCUUUUGGAUAGGUAUGGCGAAGAUCUGAAAAAGUCAGUGCUGAAGAAAAUUUUUUUCAGAGUUGAUCUGAAUAAGAAGCAUAAAGAUGCUGUUCUACCGAACCAACCAAAUAAACCACAUCGUGUUAUCACGGUACAAAGAGCUCCAUCUCCUGAACUAGAGGCACUCUUAUUAGCCGGUAAACAACAAAAUGAGAAAGCCGAUUACCAUUAUCGAAGUCAACCGAAACGCACUCGUCUUGCCCGUCAGGCUGGUACUGAGUCUACAAAUGGCACCAAACAAAAUGAUGACGAGCCGAAAAGUGACAGCGAUGAGUAUAAAGAUUUUUCAGUUGUACCAUUUCAAGAGCCGAACAGCGAUACUAGUCCGCUUCAAGGACCGAACAACGAUACUAGUCUGCUUCAAGGACCGAACAAUGAUACUAGUCUGCUUCAAGGACCGAACAACGAUACUAGUCUGCUUCAAGGACCGAACAACGAUACUAUUGUACGGCGGAAAGCAAAAAAAAAUCCUGCGCAGAAGAAAUCUCGAAAUUUCAUUGAUGAAUUACGAACAGAUUUAUAUAAAAUUCUCGGUGGAGUGAAUAAAAAGAAUGCAAAAUUAAUUGGAGUUGUGAAUGAUUCGCUGAAAGCAUUGGGGUCAGAUUAUCGCAUUGGCGAUGAUGUUAACAUGAACGAUAAUUCAACAGCAUCCACCGAUCCAGCAAGUAGCAUCGAUAAGGAUAAACUGAAAAACGAUGAAGGCACUAAUACAAAUUAA